AUGAGCGUCGUGACGCUCGAGGAGUUUCUCGAGCUCUUGAAUGAGGAGCAGCACCUCGACCUCGGAAAGCUGCGGAACUAUGCGCGGCACGGGAUCCAUCCCCAAGUGCGCGGAGAAGUCUGGCUGUACCUCCUUGGCGUCCUGUCUGCGGACAAGAGCCAGGAGAUGACGACGGUGCGGAACAAGUUCCUCGAGUACGAGUCGGUGAGCAAGCGUAUCCCGUUUGUCGAGAAGCAGGUGCGCACCGAAGUACUGCGGUACUACCGGCAGCGGCUGAGCUCGAACUCGAGCGAGCGCGAGCGCUUCGGCGUCUCGAUCAUACGCGGCCCGCGGCCUGCGCCAACGACAUCGAGCACAUUUGACGCGGAGCAGGCACAGGACGUGCAGCGUGACGAACCCAAAUAUCCCCGCAUCCUGCCCUCGACGCAGUACGGGCUCGUGACGAUGCGCUCCAAUCCGAUGGUCGAUGACUCAGAGGCUGUGUACGACCAACGGCGUCUCUCGCAGAAUGUCGAGAAUGUGCUGUGUGCCUACCUCAACCGGCACCUCUUGAAUCCCGCACAAGAGGGCGAGCAUCCGCAGGCGGAGCGCGAUGAGGAGUACGCGGCGCUGCAAAAGACGAUGGAGUCGCGCAUGCCGCGUGUAUACCAGUGGGCGCCACAGGCGAGUCUCGUCCCAGGGACGAACCUCGGCGACUUUCACCCGUCGCUCGUCUACCUCUGCGCGCCAUUUGCGCAGUGUGUCCGGGCAGAGGCGGGCAUCUACUUCGCGUUUGAGCGCCUAAUGACCAUGAUUGAGGAGUACAACACCAUCCAUCCUCUCCCACAGCGCGUCGCCUCAUUCCUGACGCUCUUCCGCACGACGCUCCCGGAGCUCCACGCGUACUUUGAGGCAGAAGAGGUCGACCUGCUGGCCGUCGCGACCAGCUGGCUGCAGCACCUCCUCGCGCGCGAAAUGCAGAUGGACGAUUUGAUGCGCCUCUGGGACACCUACUUUGCGAUGCCCGACCUGCUCGACCUGCACCUCUACGUCUGCCUUGCGAUCCUAACCAACUGUAAGGACGCUCUCGAGGACCUCGACCGCUCCGAGACGACCAGCAUGCUCUUCUCACUCCCGUCGCUGGACGUCGACCGUAUUAUCAGCGACGCAAUGAACAUCCGCCUCUCGCUCGAGCACGACCCGCUCUACGAAUAG